GGGAACUCUGACCAAUAUUUUGGAUUAUGUUUCACACUUGAAUAGUUAGUUAUUAGUUUGUAGUUAAUUUGAAAAAAAAAAAAUAAUAAUUAAUUUUCCUAUAACAGAUCGAAGGUUAGGCAACACCACAACGAUGGAAACACUGAGUAGUUCGGGGAUCAAAAACACCGCAACUUCAACCUCCAUGGAUGACUGUGUCUCCCCUCAAUUCCUCUGUCCAUUUAGGAGAUUUGUGGAUUCCACUGAGCAGUCUGACUAUAAUAAGCAAAUAGAGUCAGAAUGUAUACUUGACUCUUCAGGUGAAGACAAAAAAACUAUUAUGGGAAGCACAGGUUGCACAGUGCUAGAGCUGGGAUCAAGUCUGAACAGAAGAGAAAGCAUUGAAGAGAGAGAGGCGAGGGAGACUGGAUAUUGGAUGUGUAGGGAGGAAGAAGACAUACUGUGCAACAUAAAGGAAGAGGAGGGUGGGGAAAGGCAGAGUAUGGAGAUUAAGAAAGAGGGUGGUGUGAGAGAUGAAGAGGUCAAAAGACUCUGGAGCGAACGAGAAAGAGAGAGAGAUGAACAGAGUAAGAAAGAUCAAAUCAAUGAAAGUCCCCAAUCUGACCGAGGGCAGAAGAAUGUAGUGAAAUCACAUUGUUUAAAAAAGGAAGAGGAGGGGCAGUCAUCUUCUGUUACUUCCUGUCAAUCCAAAAAGCCUAAAAUACAGACCCAGAAGAGGAAGAUUGGCAGUUUGGAGAACCAUUCAAAACUGCUAGGUUCAUCAGAGAAAGAGGUCUGUGCUGGACCCUCCCUUGGAUCUUCUGUCAUCUCCUCCAGGGAAGAAAACACAGGGCAGACUGAUGAACUUCCACCUAAAGUGUUUGCCUGCUCCCAGUGCCCCUUUGUUCACAUGAAAGAAGAGAAACUUCACCAGCACUUUGAGAAGGUUCACUCGGAGGAGUAUGACACAAUUAUCAUAGACUCAGACACACCAGGAGCUCACACAUGUUCUGAGUGUGGAAGGAGUUUCAAAUUUGCAUCACGUCUUGCAUUGCACAUGCGAAUUCAUACAGGAGAGCGCCCAUACCAGUGCUCCCAGUGUGGGAAGAGUUUCUCUCAGUCAGGUUAUCUGAUACUGCACCAACGUUCUCAUUCUGGAGAACGCCCAUACCCAUGCUCCCAGUGUGGAAAGAGCUAUGUAAGUUUGUCAGUCCUGAAAAUACACCAACGAACUCAUACAGGAGAGCGGCCGUACCACUGCUCCCAAUGUGGUAAGAGUUUCAGAUCUUCAUCACACCUGACAACACACCAGCGAACUCAUAUAGAGCUGCGCCCAUACCCCUGUUCUGAGUGUGGGAAGAGUUUCAGAUCUCAAUCAGACCUGACACGACACCAGCGUAACCAUACAGGGGAGCGUCCAUACCAUUGCACCCAUUGUGGAAAGAGUUUUAAAUUGCCUAAAACCUUGGUUGUACACCAGCGAACUCAUACAGGUGAACGCCCAUACCACUGCUCCCAAUGUGGCAAGAGUUACACUCAGUUAAGUUCUCUAAUACAACACCGCCGAUAUCAUACUGGAGAGCGUCCAUUCAGCUGCUCCCAGUGUGGGAAGAGUUUCAUAUCUGCAUUUCUCCUUGCAGUACAUGAGCCAACUCACACAGGUGGGAGCCAGCAUCUCUGUUCUCAGUGUGGGAAGACCUUUAAUCAUUUAAGCAAUCUAAGAGGUCAUAUGCGAAUUCACACAGGUGAGCGCCCCUACCAGUGUACCCAGUGUGGGAAGAGUUUCAGUCGAUCAACUACUCUGAAAAAACAUGAGCGAACUCAUACAGGAGAGCGUCCAUUCCACUGCUCCCAGUGUGAGAAGAGCUUUACUAGAUCAAGUGCUUUGAAAAGACACCAGCUAAUUCACACUGGUGAACGACCAUACCAGUGCUUACAAUGUGGGAAGAGCUUUAUUCAGUCAUGCCAUCUGACCGAUCACCAGCGAACACACACAGGUGAGCGCCCAUACCAUUGUUCCCAAUGUGACAAGAGCUUUGCAUCUACAUCACACCUUAUAAUACACCAGCGUACUCAUACGGGAGAGCGGCCAUUCCACUGUUCCCAAUGUGGGAAAAGUUUCUCUUGUUCAUCUCACCUGGCAAAACACCGGAAAACUCAUUCAGGAGGGCUCAACUGUACCUAGUCAUGGUUUAUUCAGUACAGAUCCCUGUUAAUGAUUGAUAGCUGAGAUUGAGUGAUUAUUUGACUGAAAUGGUGUCUCCAUUUGAUUUCUGUUCUUUUCAAGAGAUUACAAGGCAAUACACAGUAUAGCAUUUCAAACAAGGUUUAAAAAAAUGUGUACAGUGCCUUCCAUAAGGUUUGGGACAAAUAACAAUCAUUUAUUUAUUUGCCUCUGUACUCCACAAUUAGAGUUUUGUAAUAAAUAAAAAAAUAAUGUGGUUAAAGGGCAUUUUUGGUUAUAAAUUCUGGUUUCACCAUGUAGAAAUGACAACCCUAUUUAUACGUAUUCCCCCCAUUUCAGGGCACUAUAAUGUUUGAGACACAGCAAUGUUAUGUAAAUAAAAGUAAUUUAGUAUUUUUAUUUUACUUUCGUUGCAUUUACUUAGCAUGCAAUGACUGCCUGAAGUCUGCUAUUCAUGGGACAGUCUGCAGACACUGGUCUUUGACAAAUCCAUGCCUGACCUGCACACCUGACCCACAAAACACCUCUGUUUUUGUGUGGGAAUUUGUCUUUAUUGUGGAGAUAAUUCUUUUGUCAUCAGCUGUGGAGGGCUUCCUUGGCCUGCCAGUCCCUUUGCAAUUAGUAAGCUCACCAGUGCACCACGAAUGACGUCUAACUUGGUUCAGCCAAUCCCGUAAUGGCGGGAGCAAUAAACGGUCCGUAUAAGAGCAAGACACGUUCUUGGGAUCUUUCUUCUGCUUUUUCUGCUUCUUCUCUUUGACGCACCCUUUUUGGCCAUUCGCUUCAGCUCAUCUGCUCCGAGACUCGGACAGAGGCUGAAUGCUGCACAGCGCACUACCAGGCCUACGGACACACCCAGUUACCUCGCGGUAACUUCGUGGCCUAUAGCGAGUGGAAACUGGUGUACGCGGAACGCUACAUCAGUUUAACCCUGCAAAGCUCACCAAAGAACAACAGCAACACACUUUUCCACCCGGAUAAGGGACCAACGAACAUCCUUCCAGCAACCGAGCGGACCAGACGACAACGCGCGGUUAAGACGCCCCAGCCUGUGCAUCUCUCCAGGACACACAUUCACGGCACCAUCGCGGCUCCUACAAGGACAGCACGUCUUUUGGAUCCAAUGCGUAUGGACUCAGUAAGAGAACAAACAUUCAGGCAUAGCCAGUGUUUAGUUUAGUCUUAACUGUUUUUGUGAAUCUGUGUUUCCAUACUUGUCGUCUUAUAAUUGGAAUGUAUUUUGUUAGCUAUAUAUGUACGUGAAUUGAUUCGCCGUCUUUUGCGCAUAUAUAGAGUAAACCACGCAAGUAGCCUUCUCACAGCUAACAAUAACUAACAUAGCCAGAACUCUAGCUUACCCAAGCUAGCUACUCCUACUUUUACCUUUCCUUUGUUCAAGCGACACGCGCGCUUGCGCGCUCCACACACACACACGCACACACACAUACCCAACUAAAUUUCCAUACUAACUUCCCGUUAGUUUAUCUGUUCUGUGUUUUACGUCUGUUUAAUAAAUAUAUUUUAUUACA